GCCGUAGAAGUAUGGCAGCUGCAGAGGCAGCAGUGGUGUCGUCUUCGUCUUUGGAAACAGCUCCAGCCCCUGGAACUGCAGAAAGAGCAGAAACAGCCGCAACAACGGCGGCGACCACGGCAGCAACGGCUGCAGCCGUGGCGGUUGCAGCCGCAGCCCGGACCGGAUGCGAAGCCAGGGUCGUCAAGGCCGCUUUGGCUACUAAGCUGCUGUCCCUUAGCGGCGUGUUCGCCGUGCACAAGCCCAAAGGGCCCACUUCAGCCGAGCUGCUGAAUCGGUUGAAGGAGAAGCUCCUGGCAGAAGCUGGAAUGCCUUCUCCAGAGUGGACCAAGAGGAAAAAGCAGACUUUGAAAAUUGGGCAUGGAGGGACCCUAGACAGCGCAGCUCGAGGCGUGUUGGUGGUUGGAAUUGGAAGGGGAACAAAAAUGUUGACCAGUAUGUUGUCAGGAUCCAAGAGGUACAUUGCCAUUGGCGAGCUGGGGAAAGCCACGGACACACUCGAUUCUACAGGGAAAGUGACAGAAGAGAAACCCUACGAUAAAAUAACACAAGAAGAUAUCGAAGGCAUUCUACAGAAAUUUACUGGGACAAUAAUGCAAGUACCACCCCUCUAUUCUGCAUUAAAGAAAGAUGGACAGAGACUUUCAACAUUAAUGAAGAGAGGUGAAGUAGUAGAAGCAAAACCUGCCAGGCCAGUAACGGUAUACAGUAUCUCCCUUCAAAAAUUCCAGCCACCAUUUUUCACGUUAGAUGUUGAAUGUGGAGGAGGUUUUUAUAUCAGAAGCUUGGUCAGUGACAUUGGCAAAGAGCUCUCUUCUUGUGCCAAUGUACUAGAGCUGACCCGAACCAAACAGGGGCCGUUUACACUAGAAGAACACGCCCUCCCUGAGGACAAAUGGACAAUUGAGGACGUUGCACAGUCUCUUGAGCAUUGCUCGUCUCUUCUACCAGCAGAGCUGACACUUAAAAAAUCAAAACCCGAGGAAUCUGAUGAGCAGGUUUUGAGCUGUGAAUAUAUGACUCUAAAUGAGACAAAGGUAGAAGAUGAUGUUAGUAAGACAUUCUGAAGUUGACCUCAGAAUAUCAUCAUUUCCUGGUUGACAUUUGAAUCCUGUGUACAGAUGCGGAAUGACAAGCUACGUGCAAGAGACAACCGACUCUUCCUUUUUUUUUUUGCAUGAAGAAAAAUGACCGUCAUUUAGUUUCUAUAGCAUACAAUUUAUUUACUGUACAUUACAAAUGGACUUGCACUUGCUCAAUUCUUUUCUGUACUAUGGAUUGUUCUUUUAAGAUAUUUUUAUGUUAAAAUAUGAAUUUGGAUUCAGGAUAUUGAUGCUGAAUUUGAUUUCUUCAAUCUUUUCCUGUGAAAAAGCUGAACUGAUUUUUUAAGCAAAGAAUUAUGAGCUACAUGUCUAAGUAGCAUGAUUAAAUGUUAUUUUGAUUUUAUUUGGACUUCCAGGUGGUGUUUCUGAAUUCUUUAGCUCUGUUUGAAAUGGCCAUUAUUGAACUCUUUCUUGCCUUUGGAUUGUUUAUUGUUAUUUUUAAAAAUUUCGUUAAAAAAAACUGCACUCACCUAGUAUUUGCUGUGUUUGUUUAGAUCCUAGAAAUGAAUAAAGUUUAUAAUAGAUAUUUAUAAAUGAACGAAUUAUUGCUGCUACCAUUAACCGUAUGUAAAUAAAAGACUAACAUUGAAUUACUUUCUCUUCCAUUAGAGCUGAAGGCAGCUCCCUAUAGCUUUGUGCAGCUGUGCACUCUUUUUGUAAUUUCAUUACCCAAUCAACUACUUUGUACCAAGUUAGUAAGUAAUGUAAUUUUUAAAAUUUAAUCUGCAGCCUGUAUUUUAAGCUUUUAUUUCUCUUCCUGGUUUUUUUAGUGGUUUACUCUUUCUAGUGGUGUUUAUAGACAUGGAGGUAGCUGCCCUACACUUCGAGCUGAUCCCUUUUGCUUCAAUUUGAAAAUUACAAAAUAGUAAAUUUCAUGUAAUGUGUCCUUCAUAUUUUGUUGAGAAUAUAAUAUGUUAUGCAGCGAAUAUGCAGAAAUGUUCAGUUCCCUCUUCAUUUACUCAAAUAUAUUUUCAAAAGGAAAAUUUUUAAUUUUGUAAAAUUUGUGUUUUUGGAUUUUUAUCAGUUACCUUUCUUUUUAAAGGUGGUUGUCUGCUUGCGACUCAGCAUUUUGACAGGUAAGCUAAAGCAAUUUUAUUUGUGAUUUAUCUGUUUGUGGUUAAUAUAAAAAGAUGCUUCAAUAGAACAUUUUCAGCAUAUUGGCAACAUUUGGAAUGAAAAUAUUAAAACUAAUUCUUAGUAUGAGACCAAAAAAUGAGAAGGGUGCUGAUAUCAUGAUGCUGAUAUCAUGAAAUGCCAAACACAUAAAUUGAUAAAUUGAAAAUUUGUUAUUUGACUUAUUCAUUUGUAGUACCCUGCAAUUUGUGUCAAUCAAAGGUGGCAGUGGCUACCUCUGCCUGUUAGUGCCACAGGUUACAUAUGUUUUCAUUCGUUGCCAAAGUCUAAAUAGGGGAAUGUUUAGGGUUUUGAACAUAGAUGAGAUAUUUCUGCUUUUUUUUUUUCCAUCUUAAAAACUGAUGUACAAUUUACUAAUUAGGAAAAAGUCAAGGUUAUUUGAAAAGGAAGUAACUUAAAAAUGAUAGCCAGUUUUUUUUUUUUUAUGCUGAAAACAUUGAAGAGAAAAAUUACCUGUAAUCCUCACCAUCCUAAUCCACCAACUUCCAAAGUUUGACUUUUAUAAUACUGCUUUUCCUUUUUUGUUUUGUUUUGUUCAGAUAAUUAAUCUUAAGUCACCUAAACUACUUUACUUUUUUUUUUUUAACUGAUACUGGGGAUUAAACACAGGGGCACUCCACCACUAGCUAUGCUCACACCCCUUGUCAGUUUUCAUUUUGAGAUAGGGAGUCACUAAAGUUGCCCAGGAUGGCCUCAAGCUUACGGUCCUCCUGCCUCAGACUCCUGUAUAGCUGAGAUUACAGUGUGGCCACCGUGUCCGGUGGGCACCUACACUUUCUAUAUUAACAAUUUUUGUUUGAUAUUAUCUAUUUGUACUUAGGUUUCAUAAUGAUGGUUGUAAUCCUAUUUCUAUCUCCUCAUAAUUUCUUUAAACCAUUUUCCUCUGACAAAAUUCUUGAUUUGUUUUGGUUUUAUGAGGAGAAAUUCUUGGAGUGGGUUUAUUCAGUGAAAUUAUUUGACUUUCAUGGUUAUGUUGCCUUAUUGCAUUCCCAGAAUUGUAACGGCUCACAGUGUCCCAUUUGUGUUGGGAUUUUUAUAUGUUGUUGUUAUUUAAUAAGAGAGAAAUCAAAGCUUCCCUAAAUUGCUUUUGUGUGAUUUACCUGCAUACUUCGUACAUUUGUGUAAAUAAAUGUCUUAAUGGUU